AUGGGGGACACGCCGGCCUCCACGUGCUGGCAGUAUAAAAAAGCCCACUAUAAAAAAGCCCGCUAUAAAAAAGCCCGGUAUAAAAAAGCCAAAAAGGCCCGCUAUAAAAAGGCCCGCUAUAAAAAAGCCCGAUAUAAAAAAGCCCGCUAUGAAAAAGCCUGCUAUAAAAAAGCCAGCUAUGAAAAAAAAGCCCGCUACAGGAAGGAGAUGGGCCGGUAG